GGCUUACAGGCAGCUGGAAUAUCCAAUCGCGCCGCAGCCCGCGCUGCCUGCGUGCGCUUUCCCUGGCUAUGAGCACUGGCAGUCGGCAGGCGCUGUCUGAGUGUCUGUACCUAUUAGUUCCUCCAGCUGCAGUCAGGCGCGGACAUGACUUCCACACACACCUUCCUCGGCCUGGAGUCUGACAGCAAGCCUAGCUCCAGGGUGUUGAAGCCACCAGGUGGGGGCUCAAGCUGCAUUUUUGGCAAUGCUGAGGAAGUUUCUGCACCAAGACGACAGCAAAAGGCGUCAAACAAUAUAUUUGGGUCAGCACCAGAACAAGAAAAUGCACCAAGGAAGUCCAACCCACCAGGUGGGAAGACGAGUGGUAUAUUCCAGGACCCAGGCCCAGUACAUGCAGCUCCACGGCAGAACCCAUCAGGAGGAAAGGGCAAUAACAUUUUUGGUGAAGGACAGAUGCCAACGAGCCCCAAGGCACAUCCAAAUAAACCUAAGGAUAACAUCACUCUAAAAGAACCAGAAGUUACAAAAACAGCAACCCCAGUAAAAGUUGACCCGCCUGCUCCAAAACCGGAAGUAAAGACGCCCGUUGCCAAAGAGCGUGUUGUGGUGCCGGACCCGGCCCUCGCUGCACACGAGCCACACCUCGGACCGAGGCCACGGUCUCACAACAGAGUUCUGAACCCGCCAGGCGGCAAAUCCAGCGUCACCUUCUAUUAACUGCCGGGGUGUAACGGAGUUAACAGGAUGACCCUACACAUGUCGAUCGCAUUGUACCUCUAUUAGAUCACGAGAGGGCUUGAAGGGUCCAUUAGCAGUCUAAAAUACCAAUUCCAAAUGCAGACAUACUUGCCACCAAAUGAAAGCUCCUUCAAAUUAUACGGUAGUUUCUUUCAGCAAUCCACACUGUAGCUCAGCGUUGUACUGUGGGACCCUUGUUAUGGCUGCAAACAGGCGAAGAUUACGCAACUGUUUGUUUUUUGUUGUUUUUUUCCAUGACGCAUAGUGUUAUCCAGUCCUGUGGCGGUGUAUUGUUUUAGGAGAAUUACAGAAGCUUUCUGAAUCCCCUCCCUCCUCUCCCUCCCCCUUCCUCCCCCCCCCCCCCCUCCUCCUCCCCCUCCCUCUCCCUUAUUGUCAGUGAUCUCUUACUGAUACGUAGUGUGGACAGCCAUUUUGUUGGCUCUGCAUUAAUACUCCUUGAGGAUCUCCCAACAACACAAGCACUCAGUGACCACAGAUAUAAAUCGAAGAUCUCAAAGUUUCUGAUGGCAAAACAUGACUGGUUCUUAAUUUUGCUAAAUUAUACCCAAGUGAUGCCUGGGUGUUGGGGAAUCUAUGAUGACUGACAUUAAAGUGUACUUUGUGAAGGCAGCCAUUUUGUGGGCUUGACCAAUCUAAAUGAGAAUGCAGAAGUGUCUAGUAGUGGCAGUGACUGAGUUAUCCUAUAGCUCAUGCCUCAGGGAACUCUCGCUGUCCCAGUGAAUAUUGGUUCAAACCACAAAAUGGCCGCCUGCACUGUGUAGGUUUGAGGUAAAUGGUUUUUGAGACUGUACAAUGAAUCAUUCUUUGGUUAAAAUAUUGUCUUUUGAAAGGAAAUCACAAUCUUGUGUGCGAUUCCAGAUCUGAGCGCGUAUCACCACUUGGCAGGAAACUGGAGCUUGGCCAUUUGCACAUGGUAAUCAUAGCGAUUACUUUAAAUGCCAAUAUUAAGGUGCCACUUUUGCUAGCAAUUCUGUUUUUAGAAAUUUGAAGCUGUGUCUGUCGGAGUUUGAUGUUGUAGUAAAUGUAGACAUUGUGGGAGACUAGAAUGUAUAUAGCCAGUUUUGGACUGGUCUGACACCUCACUUGUUCUCUGCACCAGUACAGGGAAAUGCUGAAACACCUCCAUGAGUAAAUGUAUGUUUUCUUGCAAGAUAGUGCUAUUUAAGGAGUCCUUAUACAGUCUGAUGGCGUCACAGUACAGCCAGUAAAGCUGCAAUGGUGCUAGGAUAGGGAGUCAUGGGGGUUUUUUUUUUUUUUUUACUUUUUCCAGCAAAAAUUAUUUAUUAUAAAACCUAUGCAUAUGCUCUUUAAAAAUGAUAUCCCUUAUUUAAUUUCACUUUUAAAGGGGGAUUUUUGUAAAAUGACUUAAGCAAGCAGGAUUGUUUGACUUCAGCACUUAAAGUAUAACAACAUUGUGGGGCAGUAGAGAUUGUUACAAGGAUGUGAUUUGGCUGUUCGGAUCAAUGCCUCACAUAAUGUGGUUGUAGAUGUUUCUAAAAAGAGCAAACAUUGGUUCAGUUGUUACGCUGGAAUUUCUAUACCAAUAAUACAAACCAGCCCUUUCCAAGACAUAACAUACAGCACCACCUAGCUGUUGCAGCCGGUACACAUCUGUUCAGUUUGAGGCCUUAGACUCCCUGGGCUGGUAUAGGGUUUUAUCUUUCUUUUCUAUAUACUGAAUGUACAGGUCCUGCCGUUAUGAGGUUUUGCAGCAGGCUUCAUCUCUUUUUGCAUUAUCAAAUCGAUGCCAUUUAUACUGUUUCCUUAAUGCAUCUCUUAAUAAACAAUGUAUUUUGUUAAUGACUUUGGCUUGUGUAAAAUGUCAAGUUUAAGAAAUAAAAAGAAAUGCAACAUUUAA